GAUUAAUACUCCUCGGAAACAAGGAGGACUUGGACCUAUGAAGAUUCCACUUCUUUCAGAUUUGACACACCAGAUUUCAAAGGAUUAUGGAGUAUAUCUGGAAGAUCAAGGACAUGCACUUAGAGGCCUUUUCAUUGUUGACGAUAAGAGAAUCCUUCGACAGAUCACGAUGAAUGACCUUCCUGUUGGGAGAUCAGUGGAUGAAACGCUUCGUUUAGUACAAGCAUUCCAAUACACAGACAAACAUGGAGAAGUUUGCCCUGCUGGUUGGAAACCUGGCAGUGAAACAAUAAUUCCAGAUCCAGCUGGAAAACUGAAGUAUUUUGAUAAACUAAACUGAGGCUCACUCCUGUUGAAUUAUAUAGGUCACAUUCCAUUUGAUUUUGCCAAUAAAAUUUCAUUAAUUUUG